AUGCCAAAGGUGCUUACGCCCCUGCUGGAGCUGGAAGCUUUGGGUUCAAAAUGCAGCGCCGGGGCGGUGGCGGAGGUCCUGCGCCGGCAUGUAGACAAAUGGCGGAGAGAGCCGAAGAAGUCAACGCUGCUUUUGAACGACCUGGCGGAGCUGGGGAAGGCCCAGGUGGCGGUCCAGGUGUUGAAAGCCAUGAGGCACCUCCAGGUGCCCGUCAACGUCUUCCACCUCAACGUGGCCAUCAAGGCCUGCCGCAGGGCCAAAGCUCCGGUCUCCAUGGCCCUGGAGCUCUUGGAGUCGGCGGAACAGAUGCAGGUUCGCCCUGAUGGUGUUACCUUCAAUGCAGCCAUCAGCGCCUGCGAUGUGCACGGCGACUGGGAAAAAGCUGUGGGCCUCCUCUCAGAUAUGGCGGCCUUUUCGCCGAACGAUAUCAGCUACAGCGCUGCCAUCAGCGCUUGCGAGGCGGCGGGCGAAUGGGCUGCUUCCCUGGCCCUCCUGCAGGACAUGUUGCAGGCUCAGCUUGUCCACCUGCCCGCCUUCAACGGAGCGCUCAGCGCCUGCGCCCGGGGCUCACAAGAAGCAAAGGCGCGGCAGCUGCUGACAGAGAUGGGACCUUUGCAGCUGCAGGCGGACGUCAUCAGCUACAACGCAGGCAUCCGCGCCUGUGAGCAGAGCAGUUCCUGGCAAAGCGCACUGGAGAUCCUCUUCGGGAUGGCGCAUGCAUCCACCCCGCCGGACACGGUGAGCUUUAACACGGCCAUCAGCGGCUGUGGCAAGGCUGGCCAGUGGCAGCGCGCGCUGCAGCUGCUGAGUUUGACGACUCCGCGCCCAGAUGUCAUCACUUACAAUGCAGCCAUCAGCGCCACGGCUCGCGAGGGCCAGUGGCUUUGGGCACUGCAGCUGUUUCGGGACAUGAAACAGAGGCUGAAACCGGACGCCUACACCCACAGCUCCGCGAUCUCCGCCUGCGCGCGCGCGGCCAAGUGGCAGAUGGCGCUGCAGCUCCUGGAAGGCGUGCCUUCCACUUCCGCGCAAAACGCGGCGUUCUCCGCGGCGCUGGGCGCCUGUGGGGAGGCGGCCCUGUGGCGGCGCGCCGUGCAGCUGCUGGAGUCCAUGCCCAGGCGCCAGAUCCAGCCAGACCAGGGCAGCUUCCAUGCGGUGGCAGGCGCGUAUGCGCAGGCCGCCCAAUGGCAACGCGCGCUGGACCUGGCUCAGCUCCUCCGGACGGAGGUGGCGUUCGCUGCGGCCAUGACGGCGGCAGAGCGGGCCGGGCACUGGCCCACGGCCCUGGCGCUGCUGGCGGCGAUGGGCUCGGCGGAGCUGCGGGCGGAUGCCGUGUGCUUCGGCGCGGCCAUCAAUGCCUGCACAGCAUGGCCCAUGGCCUUGCAGCUUCUUGAGGAUAUGGAGACGCAGGCCAUCCAGCUGAACGAGGUUUGCUUGAGUGCCGUUGUGGCCUGUGCCCCUUGGCACAUCGGCCUGCAGCUGGUGGAGGGGCUGGGCGAGCCAGGCUAUGGUGCAGCCAUCAGCGCCUGUGAAGGGGCAAGCCAGUGGGUGCCGGCUUUGUGCCUGCUAAGCGACAUGUCCAACAUCCGCCUGGCGCUUCAUACGGCGUUGGUGCCCGCACUUCGUGCGUGCAGCGCGGCGGGCAGGUGGCAAGAGGCCCUGAGCCUCACAGAGCACCUGGCAGCUACUCCCGUGGAUUUGGCGGCUGCCCUGGGCAUCGGCCUCAUGGAGUGUGAGCAGAGGCACGCCAUGGGCCCGGAGCGCGCGUUGCACCGGCGCCUGGCGGCACAGCCCAUCGCGCCGCUGGCGCAGACGGCCCUGCGCUGGGCUGCGCGCCUGCGGGCGGCGCAGCGGCGCCAGGCGCCGCUGGCGCUGGCGCCCCUGGUUGCGGAGCUGCAGCGCAGCCCCGCGGGAGGGACCUUGCCGUACCACCAGGCGGCAGCAAUGCUGCGGCACGUAGUGUCGCAGGCGCGGGCCUUCGAUGUGGACAGCAUCGUGAAAGCCUUGGAUGACUUUGGCCAGGACUUGGGCUGGGCCAAGUUCGCUGGAGGCGACAAGGGCGAGGCCAUGGUCGCGGCCUUGCGCGGGUGCGCUCCCAUGCAGUCCGACCCGCACGCGGGGGUCCUGGAGAUCGGCACCUACUGGGGCAACUCCGCCAUGCGCCUGGCCUCGGCGCUGGGGAAGGCGGUGCCCAUCACCUCGUUAGAGCUGGAUCCCGUUCACGUGGCCGUGGCGCGUUGCUUGUUGGCCUUCGCCGGGUGCUCCUCGGUCACCGUGUGCACGGGUCACAGCCAGCAGCUGCUGCCUCGCUUCUCCUCGUGCCAGGCGGUGCUCAUGGACCGUUGGGGCUCGGAGUACGACGAGGACCUUGACAUGCUGCAAAAGCUGGGGCUGGUGAAGGAAGGCACCCUGGUGGUUGCCGACAAUGUGCUCACCACGGCCGCGGCCGGGUACUUGUGGAAGACAGGCCCGGAGUCAGGGGGACCAGCCCGGUUCGCCUCGGUGCUGGUCGCUGUGCAGGAGGUGGUGGACCAAUCUGAGGACUGGCUCUCGGUGUCCCUGGCGCUCCCCGCCGCCGCCGCGGCUUCGGCCGCGGCUUCGGCGGAGCCGGCGGAACCGCCGCCGGGGCUGCGGGAGCUGCAGCGGCGCUCGGAGGCGACCAGGCGGCUGGUGGUGCAGAAGGGCGGCGAGGUGGCUGCAGAGGAGAUGCCGCAGCUGCGCCGUGAAGCUUUGGAAGUGCUGGCCCAGCACGGCUUUGCGGCGGUGAACAAAAAAAGCCUCACUGGACAAGACGUGCAGCGUGGGACCUUCGCACAUCGCCACUGCGUGAUCAAGGACCAAGCCAACGGAGCAGAUUGGUGCUUCCUGAAUAACCUGGACCUCGGGCCCCAGGAGAACUUCAUCGCCCGCAACUCCAUCCUGGCGGAGUACGCCGUGGUGGGCUUCGAGCUGGGCUACAGCUACGAGAACCCCACCGCGCUGGUGGUUUGGGAGGCGCAGUUCGGCGACUUCGCCAACACCGCCCAGGUGAUGACGGACCAGUUCAUCUCUGCGGGCGAGCACAAAUGGUUGCAGCAAUCUGGACUGGUGAUGCUGUUGCCACAUGGCUACAUGGGCCAGGGUGCCGAGCACUCUUCUUGCCGCAUCGAGCGGUUCCUCCAGUCGAGCGACGACGACGAGGACGACAUCCCGGACUUCGCGGAUGGCUUCGGACGCCGCCAGGUUCAGAAGGCCAAUUGGCAGGUCAUGAACUUGUCCACGCCGGCGAACUACUUCCACGCCCUCCGGCGCCAGCAGCACCGAGACUUCAGGAAGCCGAUGGUCGUGGCGUCCCCCAAGAACCUCUUCCGCUUGCGGCAAUGCGUGAGCCCCUUGGCUGACAUGGAGUUGGACACACGCUUCCAGCGCCUCAUCAACGAGCGUGACCCGGAGAUUGCGGCCCAUCCAGACAAGGUGGAGCGCCUCAUCUUCUGCAGCGGCAAGAUCUACUAUGAGCUUGCCGCGGAGCGGGAGAGGCUGGGGCUGAAGAACGUAGCCAUCAUCACCCUGGAGCAGUUGGCGCCCUUCCCCUUCGAUCGCGUCAAGGAGGUCAUGUCCAAAUUCUCCGCUGUGGACGAGGGGGAUGGCGUGCACCCGGGGCAGAUCAUUUGGUGUCAGGAAGAGCCAAAGAACAUGGGCCCAUGGUCCUAUGUGCGGCCGCGCUUUGUGACAACUGCGCGCGAGGGCUUUCACACGGACCUGGUGAUGCGCUACAUCGGCCGCCGCGCCGCAGCCUCCCCGGCCACCGGGUACCCCAAGCUCCACGCGGCGGAGCAGGAGGCCAUCCUCCGCGAGGCGCUGCUGGGCACUUCGGACGCGCGGGCGGAGGACAACUACUCGGUGCAGCGGCCCUCGCCGCUGCUGGGGCACCAGACCUAG